AUGGCGACUGCCACGCGAAAUAAAAAGGCAAAGCAGUUCAAACAUCUGCACGCCAGGCGUGCCUAUAUUGUGGGAUCCAUUGAUCUGAUCCGUGAUUUCGAGGAAACGUUUGACGAAUCAAAAUCAUCCGAAAUUCCUUUCCGCAUUGAGCGGCUCGAUAAACUGAUUGAUGAGCUCGAAGGCAUUGAAACCGAGCUCGAUUCUAUGCGGUGCGGUGAUCCCAUAUUUUCAGAAUCCCGCGCAGAGUUGCAGACACUGUAUUUUCGCCUGACUUUGACUAGCAAACUGCCCGUCACUCGCCCAGUUUCUCCUAGCGUCCCAGUGAUUGAUACUACUAAUGUACCUUCUGGUAUGCGUCUCCUAGAGCUGAGACUGCCUGAGUUUGAUGGGAACCCUGAAGAAUGGGCAGGUUUCCAUGAUUUGUUUAAAGCGAUGAUCCAUGAUAAUGUUUUGCUUUCAAACAUCCAAAAGCUGCACUAUCUUCGAGCAUCAUUGAAAGCGGACGCAGCUCGCAUCAUUUGCUCUCUUCCAAUAGCAUCCACCAGUUAUGCUGUUGCCUGGAAGAUAAUUUCCGAUCGCUACGAAGAUAAAAAUUUGCUCAUAAAGCAACAUAUUUCUGCCUUGUUUUCCACCACACCUCUUCGGAAUGAAUCAGCAAGUGAGUUAUCGGAUCUUGCUGAUGAGUUCGAAAAACACGUUCAAAUUUUGGAUUCACUGGAAACUAAGGCGCAGCAUUGGGAUUCUGUGUUGGUGGAGCUUCUUUUUAGCCGGAUGGACACCAACGCACAGAAGUUGUAUGAAAAUCAGCGGGACAAAACCAAACGUCCAUCGUACGAAGAACUAGUGAAAUUUAUACACGAGCAUUCAAGAACUCUUCAGUCACUCAAGCUCUCCCAAACAGCUAUUUCUUUUGCGGAGUCAAAGUCUCCCAAGCCACGCUCGGUGGCCAACCACUCUACCUUGGAGCACACUCCGAAGUGUGCUGCGUGCAAACAAAGUCAUUACUUAUUUCAAUGCGAGUAUUUUCGAUCACGAACUCCUCAGCAACGUUUUGAGUUAGUGAAACGAAACGGGUUAUGCAUUAACUGCCUGAAAGCCACCCACCUGGCCAAAAAGUGUACUAGCGGUUCUUGCAAAUACUGUCAACAGAAGCAUCAUACACUGCUUCAUCUUCCUCCUUCUCCCACAUUGCUCGCAACGGAAGCUCCACCACACAGGCAACCUGCAGCAGUAUCGAUGCUCCAGCAGCAGCCGCAGUUUGCAAACAAAAUGUCGCAUUCUUCUUCCGUUGCGCUAUUAAGUGACUCCGUCGUCACUUCGGUCGAUCAUUCGGUUUCGUUGUCGUCGCCGCCGGUAUUCGCGCCCUUCCCCGCUCCGUCCGGUACAGUCGCACCUUCCACCAAUAUCUCUCAAACAGUUGCACCUGUCUCUAGAGGUGAUUCCACUAUAUUGCUAUUCACUGCUCUUGUCAAAGUUCGGGACAAUCUCGGACAAUACCAGCUCGCUCGUGCCCUUUUAGACAGUGGAUCACAAUCAAAUUUCGUUUCUGAAUCAUUGUGUCAACGCCUAGCAUUGAGGCGCAGUAAAGUGAACAUGCCAGUUAGUGGCAUCGGCCAAGCCGUUGUGAAUGUGCGAUAUUCAGUGUCAGUGCAAUUAUCAUCUCGUUUCGGAUCACUUGAGCACAGUUUGGACUGUCUGGUGCUGCCAAAUCUAACCGUCAAUCUGCCAACUAGGACGGUAGACAUCAGUGCAUGGAAUGACCCCAAACACUUGCCAUUGGCGGACCCACAAUUCAACGUUUGCAAUGGCAUUGACAUCAUCGUUGGGGCUGAGCUGUUUUCCAUGAUCCUGCAAGCGGAGCAAAUCUGCUUUAACGCACACCUUCCGGUUCUAUAGAAGACCAACCUGGGAUACAUCAUCGCCGGAAAAGUACCGACCAGUUCACCUACAUCUGUUACGUGUCUAGUUUCUACUGUCGAGAGUCUAGACGCUCAAGUUAAGAAAUUCUGGGAA